ACUGAUUUAUUCCAUUUAAAGUAACAAUAAUAGCUGCCAACUUCUCUAGUAAGAUUAGCUGGAGGCGCUGGUCUGUGAUCCUCCUAUUUAUACACAUCCCUAUCGCCAAGAUUUACUCAUGGUACAUACACUCAGCGCUAACUUGCCUUUUAGCUCUCAUUCCUUUCGUUUUUUCUUUCGGGAAUUGAAAUGGAUUCUGCAGCUCUUCACGAGGAGAUCGACUUGUUCUUCGAGUCUGCUCCUCCGCUCAAAGAUUCCACUGAAAUCACGGACAAAUUGAAUCAAUUCAUCAAAUUUAAUUCUCCAUCAUCAGGAGAAGGAAAAGCGAGGAGGGUUGUGUGCGUGACAUCUGGCGGAACGACGGUUCCUCUAGAGCGGCGGUGUGUUCGGUAUAUCGAUAAUUUUAGUUCAGGGAAUAGAGGAGCGGCUUCUACAGAGUAUUUUAUAAAGGCUGGAUACGCGGUUAUAUUUUUGUAUCGAAGGGGAACCUGCCAGCCAUAUUGCAGGUCUCUCCCUGAGGAUCCUCUGCUGGAAUGUUUUGAGUUCGCUGAUGAUUUCAAUAUUCAAGUGUGGCAACCACAUUCUGAAGCAGUGAAGGGGGCCAUUAGGGAUCAUCAUGCUGCAGUAGCAGGUGGUCUCCUUUUGAAGCUACCCUUUACAACCAUAUUUGAGUAUCUUCAGAUAUUAAGGAUCAUUGCAUUGUCAAUGAGAAGCCUUGGGCCUCAUUCAAUGUUUUAUCUUGCUGCUGCCGUCUCUGACUUCUAUGUUCCUUGGAAGAGCAUGGCAGAGCACAAGAUUCAGUCAGCGUCUGGCCCUUUGGACAUGCGACUUAUGCAAGUGCCAAAGAUGCUCUCAGUGCUAAGGACGGAAUGGACUCCCAGGGCUUUCUGCAUAUCCUUCAAGCUUGAGACGGAUUCAAAGAUUCUCUUAGAGAAGGCCUGUAUGGCUCUUAAAAAGUACAAAAUGCAUUCAGUUGUAGCCAAUGAACUGUUGACCCGGAAAGAGGAGGUCACAGUUGUCACAAGUAAUGGACAUAUUUCAGUUCACCGUGAUAAGACUCGGACUGGGUCUGAUGUGGAGGAUCCCCUGGUUGAACUCCUUGUAGAUAGACACUCAACUUUCAUUAAAGAGUCUAGCACAUGAUCUUUAAGCAAACAGGAGAUACUUUGACAUAUACAACACAUCUUUCAAAUACACACUUUUACCCUUUGAAGUUCUCCAUUCUGUUAAAGGUCUUUCACCAUUAACGCAGUUUCUCUUUACUGUUACAAAGUCUGUAACUAAUUGUUUUGCUUAAAUGUUACGAAGUCCGUAACUAGUUGUUUUCCUUCAUCUCUAUGUAAUAAAUUGUUUUAACAUUCGGCAAGUGCUCAAAUUAAAUGGAUUACAGACACCGGACUCUAGGAAUUGAUAAAGUGAACAAUUUCUGUAUGGCUAAACCGGAGCUAGCCGAAGCUUCUGUUUCUUUUCCAUCUUGGAGAAAAAUGGAAUAAUAAAUGCCACUGGGAAAUUUCCCGUGUCAAAUUUUAAAUGGUCCUUUUUUUUUUUUGGUCUUUCCUUUCUAGUGUGCUUAUUGAAGUUCAAGUAAAAAACUAAAAAAUGCAGAACAUGAAUUUUUGUUUUGUUUUGUUUUUGCUUUAAUUGAAUACUGCAAAUAUACAUUUGUAGCCGACGAACACCAAAGAUCCGGCCUGCACUAUUUGUUGAAACUGGCCUAACCGCUUGCACCAGAGCUAUGUGUCUGCAAUGUAGCAUGGCAACCACAACCUAAUC